UACUCUCAAGCUAAGGCUGUCCAGCUAUGUUUCAUCGCAAGGUUCUCUAGUCUAAAUGUGAUACUCCACCAUGGAUUCAUACUAUAGUACGCAACAGCAAGAAGAGAUCAAAAAAAGACAGAUUUUUGAAUCUGCAUACAUCACACGUAAAAACGGACGUCAAGUCUUAAAAGCAAUGUAGUCAAAACCGGCAGUUUUAUAGUCCGUGAAGUGAAGUCGUACUGUGGGUUUGAGUGUUACUGCAAAAUAAGGACCACAGCCAAUGAAAAUUAACUACACACAGAACGCAUUUAGAUGUUUGCUAUUAUUUUGUACAUGCACUUAGAUCAAACUACUAUGGUCGUUGAAAUAUUAUCAGUUUAAAAGAUAUUCAUAAUUAUAUCACUAACUUUCCAGUAUACGUAUCACUGUAGAAAAGUGCAGCUACAAAAUAACGUGUUCUUAAAAAUGCUCGUCUCACGGCCCCCCUCCCUCACUGACAGGCAGCCCGAGUGGAGGCUUUUUUUACGUGGUACUGAAUUCCUUAUUCUUUCCACAUAGAAGUUAGGGAGAGAAGGAGAGAGACGGGAGCGGGAUACGCUGAAAAUUCACCAAAUGUCCAUUCAAUUUUUUUUUUCACUGAGUAGUCUGGAUUUAUUGCCAAAAUGACAGAAGGGAAAACUGUUUCGUAGAAGGAAGAAGCUUUUUGCCAGCUCGAAAAUCGGAGAAAGAGAAUCGAAGGAGACGCAACCGAGAUUCUCGCAACAUGAACAACAAUUCUUAUCCGAAAAACAGCAGCUGUCAUCGUUAAGCAGAACGGGUUCAGAAAUGACAGCUGCCAGGGGCACCGGAGCGGACCAUGCCAUGAGAAGCCAAGAACCGUGGCGUCUGGCCCAACCCUCUCCAACCCACCAGCGACUGCUCAGGUUUGGCUGCCGGUCCAAGCGAGAACCGUCCAUCAAGGGGAAGCUGAGGAUCAAGUCCCCCCCCGGAGCCUUCCUGAUCCUGGGGGUGUUUGUGGUGCUGGUGGGCACGGCGGUCGCAGUGGCAGGCUACUGGCCACACAGGGGACAGAGGGGGGGCUCCGUGAGCCAUGCUGGAGGCGGCUUAAAUGAUUCCCGGCCUUCCAGGAGAGUCGUGGGUGGUAGGACAAUCCUAUCCACCCCACACCUGCUUCACCACGACAGGAUGAAGCUGCUGGGUCCAGUCAUCAUGGGAGUGGGACUGUUCAUCGUUAUCUGUGCCAACACCAUGCUGUACGAGAACCGAGACAAGGAGACCCAGCUCCUCCUAACGCAGGAGAUGAUCUGCUCCAUUAAGGCCACAGGUCUCUUUGACAACCAGGACAACACAGGCUCCAGGCACUACCAGUGGAUGACCAACCUGUCCUCUGCUGAUCUGAACAUCCGUUGCUUGGAGGAGCUGGUGGGAUCCGAUUGUCUCUGUCUGCAGACGCAGCCCAACCACGGAGGCAAGUGGGUGGAUUGCUACCAACCUGACUGUCUCCAGACCAAAGUCCAGCUGCUGCACCACAAGGAACCUUCUCCGACCCUGUCCCUCUGCAGCGUCCACUCCGAUUCCUGCAACUCCAGCAAGGGGAACAUCAACGUCCUCUCCUGCCAGACUGUGGAGACUGCAGGGUUUAGCUCCAGCACCAAUACCCCCUCCCUGCCUGUUAUCAAACUCAACAACCGGCUGAUCGAAACAGGUCUCUCAGUCAGUGCUGCUGCAGAGCAAUGUGCCUCUCCAGAGGAACCAACUGGAAGUACCUUCAGCAGUGGUAGAACUUCCGAUAGAGGUGGCCUGGCAGGAGGUCACUCAAUGGCGGCUGGGCCAAAUGUGGACCCUUUUUCCAGGGGAGAGAUCAUUGUCCAAGACUCUUGCAGAAAAGAGUUCAGCUCUGAUGUUUGCCUGAACUUGGCCGGCCAUUCCAAUUCCUUAGAUCUGGGCCGGGGAGGAGUGCAGUUAGGGGCUCCGUUGGAGGAGCGCAAGAACCGGAGCUGGCCAAGGCUGGACCUUUGCAACAUGAAGCGGUACAUCAAACUGGAGAGCCACGAGGACUCUCUGGAAAAGCUAUUGGACCAGCUAGAACAUCAGUAUUCUCAAUGGGAGAAAAACUAUACAGGGCCCUAUCAGUGAGGGGACUUAGUCAGACGGCAUGUCUGUAGGUAGAGGAGGACCUCUCAGUUUUACUAUUAGUAAGAAAUGAUAGAAUAGAACUGCUGCGAUCCAUAGAAACCUGCCUGAUUUAUAAGUAAAGCAUACCUUUCCAGGCAAACUGAACCCUAUCCUGGCUAAUUCCUUAUUUAAGGGACGGAUAACCAUUGUGGGGUACAGUUCCUUGAUGGGUUUAUAAUUUCCAGAGGGCUGUCAAGGGCUGUAUUUUCUUACUACUGAUGCUUUUUAUUUUAAUGACAGAAAAACCAUGUACCCGCUGGGCUGCUGGUUCUAGAACCCAGGGCUUUUAGUAUUAAUAUUAGUUAGACUGCUGGUCUUCAGGGAAGAAUGCAGUGGGUUCACAGAGUUUGGUGUAUUAGCUACUGCUGUUAGAAAACAAUGUAAAAAAUCAGUGUCAGAAAACUCUAGGCACCUAUAGCAUCAAUACAUUUGAGAUUUGAGCAGUCUUUGAUAUACAAGCACCUGCCCACCAAGGGCCUAAAAUCAGCCCGGCUAGCUGUAUAUGAGUUAGUGCUGCACUGUGGAGAACAGCGAUCCACACAAAUCCAAGCAGCUGUUUCUUCACUUGUUUCACUCUGAAUGGUUAAUUAGCCCAAUCUACCCCAAAGCCCCUCCCCUGAUUGUCAGAGCCUAUGAUUUCUGUGGAGAGCUCGAUCCUAAUAGUCGAGUAAUCGGUUCGUGCAGCUCUAAUGUGAGCCCUUGUAUGGUGGAGCCGGAGUGGUGCAUUGGUAGGGGAGCAGCUACAUGAAAGAGUUGAGAAAGAACACUUGUGACGACAAUGACAUUGAGAUCAUAUCCAGAUUGCCUGUUUAUCUUUAAAUUGAUUUUUAAACUACAAGCAGGACUUCUUUGCUGUCAGUAAUGGAUGUUGAGUGAACUGAUGGGAAUACAGUGAUGUAAUACAAUUCUCCGUUGUAUAAGGUCAAUUGUAAGGAGAUCCACAAAUUAAAUGGGCAGAUUGCUACAAA